AAUUUAAUUUUUGUAAAACUAAGGUUCCACAUGUCACUGUUGAAGUGAGGCAUUAAUCAGUGUGACACCACUUGUAAACAUGCUGCAUGUGUGGGGGUUCCCAGCCAGUGCUGCAUGGACUCCACACUGGGAUGAGCAGAGGCGUGCUGUAGCUGUGUGACACUGAUUUUGCUGCUCCACUUUGUAUUUUAGUGCUGCAUGGACUCCACACUGAAAUAAAUCCAGUUUCCAGCCAGUCUGUGUCUGUCGUCACAACGCAGUCAACCGUUCGAAAUCUGCUACAUAAAAGUGGUGCCGUGACCCGGAUCCAUCUGAUCAGCCGCUGCCGAUCGCUGAGGUUGAGCUGGACACUUCUGACACCUGCGAUAUCAGCCAAAUUAUCUUGUGGAUCCUUUUGAAAAAAAUCCUCAGUGUUUUGUUAGUAGACAUUUCUCCCAGAUACAUGUGUUAGAGUUUAACUGGGCUACAUUUACAUGUGUUGUAUUUUCCUGGGUGAUAAGCACUUUCGUAUUUUUCCUGUUUCCAAUUGUUUUUGUAGUUAUUGUUAAUUUCCUGUGAGUAACAUGACUGGUAGGGGCCAAGGCUCCUUUAACCUUUUCACACCAGUUGCUGGGAGAGGUUGGAGACUGUCUGGGGCAGAUGAAGUUAGGGACAGGUCCAUAAUGUCUCAUGAUGAGCCAUCAGAAUCAGAUGACAUUACUCAAAAUAAUGCUCAUGGGCGCCAGUUUUCAACCCCUGCUUUGAGUGAUGACAGCACACACAAGGAGCUACGUGAGCUUAUUGGUGAGCUGGGGACUCAGAUAGGUGAAUCAAUCGCUAGUCGGUUAUUAUCCAGUCAAGUCCCGCUUGGUCCAAACCAGACAGCUCCAACCGAGUCUCCCAAAGUUAAGGGCCCUGAUACCACUCUCGACUUCUCCAAAAUGAACCUAGUGGUCAGGCAAGAUAUCAAAGACCCACCUAUGUACCGAGGUGAUGACGCAGAUAAGUACUCUGUUCAUGAGUGGAUAGAUAUGAUGGAAGUGUAUUUGCAGAAGAGAGGUUUGUCUGGAGCCAUGCAAGUGGAUGAAAUCUUGAACCAUCUCCUCGGCAGAGCUAAAAACAUUGUUAGGGUGGGUUUGAAAAGCAACUCAUCUUCUGGUGCGGUGACCAACCCUGAGACCAUCUAUGCCAUACUCAGGCGUUAUUUUAGUGAGAGCCCUGGUUCUUGUCAACCAUUGGCUGACUUCUAUGCCACCCAACCAGGUGCAAAAGAAACACCAGUAGACUAUUGGGUGAGACUUAAUAUCGCAGCUGAAGCAGCUGAUAGGCACUUACAGCGCCAGGGAGGCAAAAUGGAGAACAUGGAGGCAGAAAUAGCCAUGAUGUUUAUCAGAAACUGUCCUGAUCCCAGCCUCGCCUGUGUCUUCAAAUGUAAGCCCAUUAGUAAGCAGAGAUGGGCAGUAACGCGUUACUUGUAACGCGUUACUGUAAUCUG